AUGGAUCCGGAUGAGAUGUUAGAGAAGCUCUGGUGGUGCUGGUGGUGCUGCUGCGUCGGGGCAGGCUGCCGUCACCGUCGAGCUGCACCAGGGGUCACUUUCAAUUGCCUCUGCUUCAACACCUACCUGAACUCGACGCCUUGCCGCGAAAAAGAGACGAGAUUCUGCUGCGGCACGGUGGACGA